AUGCCAGAUCAUAACCAAGUUUGCUCGAGUCAAUCGUUCUCUGGGCGUAAAGGCGUGCCUCACAAACGGCCACGGAAACGGCUCAGCUGCGAGCCCUGUAGAGUCAGUAAGCUCCGAUGCGAUCGACGGCAACCCUGCUCCGCUUGCAGACGGCGGGAACGCGAAUCUGCAUGCACCUUCCGGCCAAGUCGGCAUGCAGUCCCGAACAACACCACGUCUUCAGCAGCUGAGUCAUUGUCUCCGGUCUGUGAUUCUUCGGCUUGUCUACCACCACUUGUAGUAGCUGCCACAACAGCACACACGGAAGAUGACGCCCAUCACCCAGCACCAUCGAUUGCUGGACGGCCUUCGAGCGAUAGUCGCCCACAGCAAUCACCUCCAGCCGAGCUUCUGUCAUCUGUCGUAUCUUGGGACGCGGUCCUUGAGCGACCUCCUUCUGCUCGCGAGUCUUGCCCCCCUGGACGAGAAAUAGACCCGUUUGCUUCUUUCGCCUUUGGGCCGAAAAGGUCAAUGAGCGAGCUGUUGGACCUUUUGCCCCCCAAGACUAUUCAAGAAUUUCUUGUCUCCAGAUACUUUACGUACCAAGCUCCGUUGUUUCAUAUCCUUCAUGGACCCACCUUCCAGCAGCAAUAUGCCCAGUUCACCCAAGAUCCCACGCAAACCUCACUGUCUUGGCUAGCGCUACUCUUCACCCUUUGCUCCUUGGGUGUCCAGACAUUGGAACCCGGCGACCCAGUGCUCAGGGAGUGCGAGCCGACAUAUUCUGAUGUUAGCUCCUUCGACCCGCCUCUUUUAUAUCGACGCCUUCGUGGCGCCUCUCUUGCUUGCCUUGCAGAAGCCCGAUUCAUGGUGCGACACGAUCUCAACACCCUUGAGGCCUUAUUGAUCAUGACUUAUGGCAUAUGCCAUAGUGAAGGAGUCGAUCGCGCCUGGGUUUUCUUAGGCGUUGCCCUCAAUAUGGGUAUUGCGUUGCGAUGCAAUGUCAUUAAUCAUUCAAAUCAGAACUUUAUCGAGCAGCAGAGACGUUGCCGAUGCUGGGCCGGGGUUCGGAUGCUCUAUACUUACCAAGGCAUUCUGUUCCGUGACGUUGAUCCUUCGUUCCUACUUGCACUUCCUUCUCCCAUGCCCGCAGAAGUCAACGAUUCUGACAUACAUGCGGAUGCAGUUGGAGAACCAUCGACAUAUCCGAACAGCAUGUCAGUCAUGAUCUUCAAGCUUUAUCUUUUUGAGCUAUCUACUCAGAUCUGCUCUCGUCUUUCUAACAGUUCUACAUUCGACCAAGCUGCAAUGAACCACUUUGAUGCUCUAAUCAGAACCAAGCAACAGCAGUGGACUUCAGUAUUUCUGCCUUCUGGGUGUGCCACCUUUUUGGAUACGGCAGGGUAUGCAUAUUGGUGCAUACUUGAGACUUACGCUCAUCAGCUUUAUCUCCUUAUUCAUCGACCUUUCUAUCAUUCCCAAUCUCCCCAGUUUCUACCUUCUAGCAGAAGGAGAUAUGCCGAAUCGAGCAUAGCCUUGUUGGAAACUUAUGAGAAGCUGUGUGAGCUUCCUACACUUCGGCCAUACCGAUGGCUAGUGAAUGGUAUGACAAGCUUUAAUGCACUUCAAGGGGCGAUUGCUUUAGCAGCUUGUCUGAUGGAUAAACCCGGACAAGAGAGCACCACAGACUUUCACACGGCAGUGUUUGAUGCUGCUGUCCUGCGCAUUGAGUCACUGCGGAAAUCUAGCCCUGUCUGUGAGAGAGCUUAUUCUGCAGUCCAAGCAAUACAGUAA